AUGGCAGACCGAGGCGGAUUUAAACGAGGAUUCGGUGGACGUCCAGGCGACCGUGAGCGUGGAAGAGGAAGAAGACCAGGUGCAGCGCGUCGCGCUCCUGUGGAUGAUUUGAGCAGUUGGGUACCCGUGUCCAAACUUGGUCGUCUGGUCAAGGGGGGGUCGAUCAGUUCCUUGGAGCAGAUCUACGUCCAUUCCCUCCCAAUCAAGGAGUAUCAAAUUGUCGACUUCUUUUAUGAGGGAAAGGGCGAGGGAAGCGGAUUGAAGGACGACGUUAUGAAGAUUAUGCCAGUCCAGAAGCAAACUCGCGCAGGUCAAAGAACGCGUUUCAAAGCGUUCGUCACUGUGGGCGAUGGCAACGGUCACAUCGGUCUUGGCGUGAAAUGCGCUAAAGAAGUGGCGACGGCAAUUCGAGGAGCGAUCAUUAGCGCAAAAUUGUCCCUCAUUCCAGUCAGACGAGGCUACUGGGGCAAUAAGAUCGGCGAACCCCACACAGUCCCAAUGAAGGUUUCCGGCAAGUGCGGUUCGGUUCGUGUUCGUAUCGUUCCGGCUCCUCGCGGUUCUCAAAUUGUCGGGGCUCCCACGACCAAGAAGAUGAUGGCGUUCGCUGGUAUCAAGGAUGCGUUUUCUUCAACGUGCGGUUGUUCAAAGACAAAGGGCAAUUUCAUGAAGGCUCUCUUCGAUGCGUUGUCCAAGACUUACGGCUAUUUGACGCCAGACCUUUGGGCCAAAACCGAGUUCGAACCCUCGCCAUACCAGAAGUUCUCGGACCUCUUGAAACAGCCAACAGUCGGCAAGAAAGAGAAGGUUGUUGUUGCUUGA